GCCAGGAGCCAUGGCCUGUGCCCUUCUCUUCAGGCUUCUCCUACUUAUGGCCUUGGGAGCACCCUCCCAAGGCAACGGCCUCAGCCCCACAUCUCACCUUCGUUAUUCCAGGUUCCUGGAUCCUUCCAAUAUCAUUUUCCUGCGCUGGGACUUUGACCUUGAGGCUGAGAUCAUCACUUUUGAGCUCCAGGUCCGGACGGCUGGCUGGGUAGGCUUGGGUGUCACAAAUCGCUACACCAACGUGGGGAGCGAUCUGGUUGUUGGAGGAGUCCUGCCUGACGGCAAUGUCUAUUUCUCGGACCGGCACCUGGUAGAUGAAGACACACUGGAGGAGGACGGGAGCCAGGAUGCUGAGCUGCGGGGGCUAACGGAAGACGCUGUCUACACAACAAUGCGCUUCUCCAGGCCCUUCCGCUCCUGCGACCCUCAUGACCAAGACAUUACGAGUGACACCGUGAGAGUGCUGGCUGCCUACGGCCUAGAUGACACUCUGAAGCUGGAUCGGGAGCGUACUUUUGUCAAGUCCAUCUUCCUGCUACAAAUAGUCCACCCUGAUGAUCUUGAUGUCCCUGAAGACACCAUCAUCCAUGAUUUGGAAAUCACUGAUUUCCUCAUUCCAGAGGAUGAUACCACAUAUGCCUGCACCUUCCUCCCUCUCCCCAUCGUUAGCAAGAAACAUCACAUCUACAAGUUUGAGCCCAAGAUGGUCCAGCACAAUGAGACGAUGGUGCAUCACAUCCUGGUGUACGCCUGUGGCAAUGCCAGUGCACUCCCCACCGGCAUCAGCGACUGCUAUGGGGCUGACCCUGCCUUCUCCCUCUGCUCGCAGGUCAUCAUGGGCUGGGCUGUCGGGGGCACAAGUUACCAGUUUCCAGAUGACGUGGGCAUCUCUCUUGGGACGCCCUUGGACCCCCAGUGGAUCCGACUAGAGAUUCAUUACAGCAAUUUUCAUAACCUUCCCGGUGUGUAUGACUCCUCAGGGAUUCGAGUGUACUACACUGCAGAGCUGCGCAAAUACGACAUGGGAGUCCUCCAGCUGGGCUUCUUCACUUUCCCCAUCCACUUCAUACCCCCGGGUGCUGAAUCCUUCAUGUCCUAUGGGCUGUGUAAGACUGAGAAGUUUGAAGAGAUGAAUAGGGCCCCAGUGCCUGACAUACAGGUGUAUGGCUACCUGCUCCACACGCACUUGGCUGGCCGGGCUCUGCAGGCCGUGCAAUACAGAAAUGGAACACAACUCCGAACAAUCUGUAAAGAUGACUCCUACGACUUCAAUCUACAGGAGACUCGAGAUUUACCUCAUCGAGUGGAGAUUAAGCCAGGUGAUGAGUUGCUGGUUGAGUGUCACUACCAGACGCUGGACCGCGACUCCUUGACUUUUGGGGGUCCCAGCACCAUUAAUGAGAUGUGCCUCAUCUUCCUCUUCUACUAUCCCCGAAACAACAUCUCCAGCUGCAUGGGGUUCCCUGACAUCAUCUACGUGGCCCAGGAGCUGGGGGAGGAGGCAUCAGAUUCCAUGGAGGCCAUGAUGGCCAUGAACAAUGUUGAGUGGACCCCAGAGAGCAUUAAGAAGGCUGAGAAAGCCUGCAAGGAGGCCCAGCAGACGGUGAUAAUAAAGACCAUUGACGAGAUAGUGGAAAACACAACAGGCUGGAUUUCGGAAAUCAUCCGUGCUCCUCGGGGGCCCUGCUUGGAGUCCUCAGGAGGCAAAGUGGAGCCCCAGGACAAAAUCCCUGAAGGCUUCAGGGCUGCACCAAUGGCCCUCUCAGGUUCUAACACUGCUACCUGGAGGCGCCUCCCCCUGGCUGCCCUCCUGUUUGGGCAGGGAGUCCUGUUUUUGCUCCUUACCACUCUGCAGGCUGGAGUCUGA